UUUUGCGCACAAAUGGUUUGUGCCAAAGUGUCUCCAAAGACAGGAGCGUGCGCUUUCCUUGCGUCAGAUUUUGUUUUCAAAAGUCCCCCAAAGCGAUUAUGUCUGUGAUGGGGGGGAUUCCUCGCGGGUCUGGGGACCCUGUUCUGCUCUCUCCUGUCUGAACACGAGAGUUAGAGUCUUCCUUCUUCUUCUUCUUUUACAUAUCCUGCUGUUCGCGCGUCGUUUCAGCUCUCCGUGGAAUUUAAACGUCACUCACGGUUGCGCGAGAGGCUUCACGCUCCGUGUGUCGCCAGUCCCCCUGCCUCGCGCACAUUAAUAUUCCUGUAAGUCCCAGUCAUGAAUAACAAUUACUCCAUAUACCGGGGGUAGAGAGGAGAGGCGGGAGCUCGGUGCUCACAGUCAGAGCGGCGGCAGCUCCGGGCGCAGGAAGCUUCAGUGUGGAGCUGGAGAUCAGGCCGAGUCUGACACUGAAAAAAACAACACGAGCGGCUUUUUUCUCCUGGAAUGAGUUUGGCUGUUUGGGCCAAACAACGUCUCCACUAUAGCGCACUGCUGUUUUACCGGGAGCCCACUCGUGACACCCAGAGAGGCUUUACAGAUGUUAGUUCAUUCUUACUCCACCGCGGACCGGCAUGACGGUGUCUCGAGCCACAGCUCGCGCCUGUCCCAGCUGGGCUCCGUGUCGCAUGGGGGACCCUACUCCAGCGCGCCGCCGCUGUCUCACGCGCCCUCGUCGGACUUCCAGCCUCCGUACUUCCCGCCGCCGUAUCAGCCGCUCGCUCACUACCAGAGCCAGGACCCGUACUCCCACGUCAGCGACCCGUACUCGCUGAACUCCCUGCACCAGAGCCAGCAGGGCGCAUGGGGCGCGCGGCAGCGGCAGGACGCCGUCGGGGAACGGAUGGACAGCUCGGCUCUGUUGGCGCAGCCGCGGGCCUCGCUGCCUCAGCUGUCCGGUCUUGACCCACGGCGGGACUACGGUGUACGGAGGCCCGACGUGCUGCUGCACUCCACCCACCCGGGACUGGAUUCUGGGAUGGGCGACGGGCUGCUGCACGGGCUGCACGGUAUGGAGGAUGUUCAGACCAUUGACGACACCAACGGAACGAACAUCCUGGACCAAUCGGUAAUUAAGAAAGGUGUGUACAUACACACACACACAGUUCCAAUGCCUCCCAAAAACGUGGGCUCUCUGAUGCUCGGUAAGGACGGCCUGAUCGGUGGAAUCACCGUCAACAUUAACGAGGUGUUCUGCUCGGUACCGGGCCGCCUGUCGCUGCUCAGCUCCACCUCCAAGUACAAAGUGACCGUAGGGGAGGUGCAGAGGAGACUGUCCCCGCCCGAGUGCCUCAACGCCUCCCUGUUAGGAGGAGUGCUGAGAAGAGCAAAGUCCAAAAACGGUGGAAAGUGUUUGAGGGAAAAACUGGAGAAGAUUGGACUGAAUUUACCUGCAGGAAGACGCAAAGCUGCCAACGUCACAUUACUAACGUCUCUUGUAGAAGGUGAAGCGGUCCACCUGGCCCGGGAUUUCGGUUACAUCUGCGAGACGGAGUUUCCCACCAAAGCCGUGAGCGAGUACCUCAACCGGCAGCACGCGGACCCCAACGAGCUGCACACGCGGAAAAACAUGCUGCUGGCGACAAAACAGCUGUGUAAGGAGUUCACAGACCUGCUGGCCCAGGACAGAACUCCACUGGGCAACUCCAGGCCCUCGCCCAUCCUGGAGCCCGGCAUCCAGAGCUGCCUCUCCCACUUCUCCUUCAUCACGCACGGCUUCGGCUCGCCCGCCAUCUGUGCCGCCCUCACCGCCCUCCAGAACUACCUCACCGAGGCUCUCAAAGGACUCGACAAGAUGUUUCUCAACAACCCGCCCAACAGCCGGCACGGCGACGCCGGCAACAAGGUCGGCGACAAAGACGACAAGCAGCGGAAAUGAAGCACGGGGGAAGGGGAGGAAAGGGGAAUUUUAAUAAAAAAAGAAAAAGAAGAAGAGGAAGUAGAAGAAGAAGGGGAGCAAGGAUGGAGAGGCAGCAGCAGCCACACACACACACACACACACACACUAGCUUUACACCACUGCGACUGACAGGCCACACACACACACACACACACACGAGGCUGAAGAGGACGAAGAGUCAGAGGAAGAGGAGACACACACCCGUGGGCCAGAGUCAGAGAGCACAGAGGGAUUUUUCAUCUGUGUUACGUUCUUUUCAUUCCCCCCGAGGACAUGAUGGUUACUGUGUUACAUCCAUUUUGCUCCCCCUGCCUGCAUCCUGUGAGACUGAGACGCUGUGAGCAGCCCACAGACAAUGUUGUGUACAUGUGAUGUGUGCCUGAAUGAAUGAAUGAGUGAAUGAGUGUGUGUGUGUGGGUGGGUGGGGCUGGGUAUCUGACUUUAAAACGUUUGUGGUAUCAAACUUCCUCUCCAUCGCCUAAUGUCCAUGUUAAAUGUCAGUAGUCGGCGAGCCAAUCAGCAUGCAGCGUGACGUCUGACCCAAAUCUAACAGUGCUCUGAUUGGCUGACUUCCUGGAGCCAACAGGAAGUCACGACAAGACAUUGGAGCUCAUGGUGCGUUCCUGCUGAUUAUACUCCAUGUACGGUCACUUCCUGGUUUUUAAUAAUAAUCCAGCCCGAUAAUUCUAGAUAAUCUGACAGCCAACGAUGCAGAGAUCAGAAUCGAUAAAAUACAAGAAACAACUGAAUAUUUAGAUAGAAGAACAAAAUAGAGACUGAUAAGAAUAAGAGCACAAAAAGAGAUGAAAAAUAUUAAAUAAAAUAAGAGCUCAGUGUGAGUAGAACAGAGCGUUCUGCACAAGUUACACAGUGUUUAGCAACAAAUUAAAGAAUGUAUUGGAGGUUGCUCUCUGCUGCUGAAUUUAAAACUCCCUUUGCAUUUUUAGGCCAUUGUGAAUUUGUCAAGUCUCACUACUAAAAGACGUUUCCCCUUAACGAUAACUGACCUUAAGUAAAGGAGAAGACUUAUAUUUAAGCAGAAGUUGUAAGUGACACUUUAAAGAGUAUUAAAGUCAGUUGUAGUCAGAAUGUCCGAGUUCCGAACGCAGCCUCAGUUCGGAUUUUUCACAGCAAAUUGCACUUCUGCCGUGUUUGUUUCACAGUAAAUCAGUCGUACAACAAAAUAAGUCAUUUCUGUAUGGUUUUUUUAUUAAUAGAUUCAUUUUGCAUUAAAAAUAUGUUUAUAUUGGGAAAUAUUAAUAGUUCCAUAUCAAAACAAAGACUUUUAUUUUGAAAUUAUGUGAAAUAUCGUCAUAAAAGCAUUAUUUCGGUGUCUUUUGCCCAAAAAGUUGGAACUUUGUGUCACAUUUUUCUCUGCCCUGAGGUCAUUCGAGUCCGAGUGUGUUGUUAUUGCCUGGUAUUACCAACGAUGACUAUAGUGUGCGUCCAUGUUCUCAGACUUCUGAAUUGAACUCCCAGUGUCUUGUUUUAAGAGGCUGGUGUGUGUUUGAUGACCGAUACUAGAGCAGAUUUAAUCAAAUUGGUAUUGAGAAAAAGUAUCAUUCAGGAAUUGAAGUCCAGAUAUCGAUCAUGAUACCAUAUCAAAAGUUUUGAAUCAUUACCCAGCCCUCUGUGUGUGUGUGUGUGUGUGUGUGUGUGUGUGUGUGUGUGUGUGUAAACUGUUGGACGAGCAUUUUAUCUGUGAAACAGGUUGAUUUUCGGUGACUUAACACAGGGAGGGUAUUAAUUUAUGUGUGUAAAUAUUUAUUUAUAUUAAUUUAAAUGAACGGUUGUGUAAAUAGGUUGACCUGCGGUUUUGGACGAGGCCUAUUUAUCUGUGAUUUGACCUUUGUGAGCUGUCGGGGCAGGUGGGCGGGGGCAGGGGCGGGCUUAAAGGACUCACACCCAGUGUUUUGGGGUUUUUUUCUGUUCUUAUAGAGCUGUUGUCAUGGUGCUGAUGAUGGGUAGACAUGCUUCUUAUUGUCCAGUGAUUUCAUUUCUAUCACACUGAUAAUAAACCAUGUGUUUUAUUAUUAUA